UAGUUUUUGCACACAUAGUCGUCUUUAUCUUUUCAAAACAUGUGCUCUUAGAGAUUGAAAAGAUUGUCGCAAUUUUUUGCUACGGCCUUGAACAUGAUGCUAUUGUGCUCAAUAAACCCUGAAUCCGAUUUCGGCAAAUACCAACACGCACAAGGCGAAUUAAGGCGUGGCACACAAAUGAGCCGUUCUGGAUGAGGGUGGUGGAGGUGGAGCUGCUAUGGCUGCAAUCCGAGUGUUGCGAUGGUCGCGGCGGGGAGCAUGGAUGCCUCGCUCUGCCAAGCCGUGCAGAAGUAUGUGUGAGUUUGGCGAGGCAUCGCAACAGAUGCAGCGGUAUAAUCUGGAGAGAUUGUACCUCUCAAGGAAUGCAUUCGGCAUAGCAUUUGACAUAGACGGCGUUCUCAUACAAGGCAGUGAAACCAUAGAGAGAGCCCCUGAAGCUCUGCGACGCCUUUAUAAAGACGUAGAUACAGGGAAACUUCAGGUGCCAUACGUAUUUCUCACGAAUGGUGGGGGAAUGACUGAAGCAGCCAGAGCGAAAGAGCUAACUCGCCAGCUUUCAGUCCCUGUGAACCCCAUUCAGGUUCAUUUAGGUCACACUCCAUUCAAGACCCUUGCACAGCGAUACAGAGGAAAGAAGGUAUUGUCUCUUGGCAAAGGAGAACCCGAGACGGCUUUGACCAGCUAUGGAUUCUCAACGGUUGUAAAGAUGGACAAUUAUUUCAGGGAAUUCCCGCACAUCGAUCCCUUACUGUCUUACAAGCCUUGGGCAAAGUAUGAGAGUAAUGCCAACGGCAUGCUCAUGCCUGAAAUUGAGAGGCAGAUUGCAGCUGUGUUCGUGUGCAGUGAUCCAGUUGAUUGGAGUCGAGAUAUUCAGGUAUUAUGCGAUGUGCUCCGAGCUGGUGGAUAUCCAGGAAAACUUGAUUCCCAACUUCCUCAACCAUCAUUAUAUUUUGCAGCAGAUGACUUCGAGUAUUCGACCAAAUUUCCAGUUCCUAGGUUUGGCAUGGGCGCCUUUCGAAUAGCUCUCGAGAGCCUUUACGUGAAACUCAUAAAACGUCCACUUCUAUAUACUUCAUAUGGGAAGCCGAAACCUAUUGUGUACCAUCUGGCUGCCAAAUCACUUCACAGAAUCGCGGGGAUGAUGUAUUCUAAACCAGGAAUGAAUUCUCAUUCAGAAGAGGAUCCAAACGUGGGUCCCUUGGAGUUGCCUCUACCUGUAGAUCGUGCAAGGCAAGAGGGUGCUCUGAAGACCUUGUACAUGAUAGGCGAUAAUCCUGAGACUGACAUAGCAGGAGCAAUUGGUGCGGGACGGCCAUGGUACUCCAUCCUUGUGCGGAGUGGCAACUUUCGAGGAGGUGGGAACCACGACAAGUAUCCUGCUGACAAAGUGGUUGAUAAUGUGUAUGAAGCUGUAGAUUUCGUUCUCAAGAAAGAGGGGAUCUGGACUAAGUAGCUCUGCACCCACAUCAUUUAUAAAUGAUAAUCUAAUUCUUUAAACCUGUGUUUCAUUAGUAAUGGAAUUCAAUCAAAUGGUGCUUGUAACACGCUGCGCCACUGUCAUUACAUGGUCAGGAUGCAGGUUGCAGCCUGACAUGGAGAAUUUUAGUAAAGUCAGCAUUUGCUCAAUCAUUCCUCAUU